AUGGCGAUCACAGACGGGAAGGACGAGGUUCUGCAUCCGCCUGUCAUCAGCGCUACUGCGGAGCAUCUCGAGCAGAACCAUGGCUCAGGCUCGCUUCCCGACACCAAGGUUACCUGGGGUGACAUCUGGCAGAACAGGCGUGUCCUUGCAUGGUGCCUCUACAUCUUCCUGAUGCCGGUCAACUUUGGCUAUGAGCUCAGUACCGUUGGCAACCUCCUCGCCGUCACCCCUUUCAUGGAACGUUUUGGAAAACAGACUGCUACCGGCCUCGUCAUCUCUGCCAGAGACCAGCAGAUCCUCAACGCCGCGACCACCGUUGGAAUCUUCGUGUCUGCCUUCGCUACCGGUUUCAUUGCCGAUUUCCUGGGCCGUAAGAAGACCAUCAUGCUCGGCUGCUUCAUCUGCACGGCAGGGAUUAUCACUCAAUACUUCGCCAAGACUAUCUUGGAGCUCUUUGGCGGCAAAAUCAUUGCUACCUUCGGUUUCGGUCUCGGCCACUCACUGGGCCCUGUCUUCGUGGCAGAACUCGCCCCUUCCAAACUGCGUGGAAUUUGCCUUACAUUGGUGAACACCAUGAUUGUCAUCGGCCAGUGGCUCAGCUCCCUCGUUGUGUACGCCACAUCUUCUCGAUCAGACGAUCUCGCCUGGAGAAUCCCUAUCAUCACUCAAAUCAUCCCUCCCGCUCUUCUUCUCAUCGGCAUGCCAUUCAUUGCCGAAUCUCCUUCGUGGCUUAUCAUAAAGGGCCGCAGCGCGGACGCUGCCAAGGCAUUCCGUAGAUUCAACGGACCUGACUACGACGUGGACACUGCCAUGGCUUUGGCUACGACUUCGGUUGAGCAGGAGCGCGAGUUGGAGCGGGCACAAUCGUCCUGGUUGCAGUGCUUCAAGGGCUCCGAUGGUCGCAGGACGCUGAUCAUCUGCAUGGUCUACAUUGCCCAGCAGUUUAUCGGUGUGAACUUUAUUGCUGGUUACCUCACCUACUACUAUCGUCUCGCUGGCGUCAACAACCCAAUUGGCAUGGCCCAAGUUGCAUUUGCCAUCCAGCUCUUCGGCAACAUCUGCUCUUGGUUCUUAGUUGACCGGCUUGGCCGCCGCCCCAUGAUCGUUGGCGGUACAAUCAUCAUGACCUGUGGCCUCCUCAUUAUCGGCGGUAUCAGCACCAUCAAUACCCAAUCCGCCCUCAAGGCAACGGUUGCAUUCAUGACUGUCUGGGGUUAUCUGUACCAAGCCACCCUCGGCGCCUGCGCCUACGCCGUCGGCGGCGAGACGCCCAGCCCCGUCCUGCGGCAAAAGACCUACUCGAUCAACAUCAUGUCCGCUACGGCCGUGUCGUGCAUGGUCCUGCAGGUCAUGCCGUACCUGAUCAACACGGACCAGGCCAACCUCGGUGGCAAGAUCUGCUUCAUCUUCUUUGGCCUCUCCGUGCCUAUGUGCGUCUACCUCUACUUCUGCCUGCCCGAGAUGAAGGGCCGCACCUUCGCCGAGAUCCAGGAGAUGUUCCAUAAUAAGGUGCCCGCUCGCAAGUUUGACACCUACGUGUGCCAAGUUACCGCAGACGUCGCGGUGGCCUCGCACCACGCCAAGCAUGAGGAGGCCUAG